GCAAGGGCGGAACAAACAAGACGAAAUCAGAAAACGCAAAGAGCAGCCAUAAUAGUGAAUUUCGAUUUCGGUGACUACGUGUUGCGGUCUCAAGUGGACCAAAAACACAAUGACAAGCUGCUUAUCACUUGGAUAGGCCAAUAUCAGAUCGUUGGUGCAGACGAACACUAUUCUGCGUGCAGCACCUAG